UUUUGGUAUAUUUCUAGCUUGAAUGGUAUUUCCCACUUGCUGCAAUUUGGUCACACUUUCAAAGGUCCAGCUGCGCGAAAAAGAUUUUCGAUGCUUCGUUGGUUGUUUUAUUUCUUAAGAAAUAGCAAUUAAUCCAGUGGGAAAACGCGGAAAACUCAAAGCAUUUACAUAGCGGCCUCCAAGAUGAACAUAUACAACAAACUGAGGGCCAGGGAGCACGGAUUCGCCAACGAUCGGACAUACGACUUUGCCCUGCGCCGCCUAUCCGUUGCCAAGGAGGACAGCUGGCGGGGCAUUGCGCCGGCCAACUACUGUCCGGACUUCAACCCAGAGCCGCCGAUCUUCUCCGCCAAGUUUGCCAACUGCGAUGGCUAUCGACACAUUCUGGCGAUUGCCAACGAGGACGGCAAGAUCACGCUGCAGGACACUACGCAGAGGAAUCAAGAGCCAGAGGAGCAAUCCCUGGCGGGUCCCCAGUGUCACUACAAUGCCGUCUUCGACUUGGAAUGGGCCCCGGGGCAAAUGCGCUUCGUUUCCGCCUCGGGCGACCACACAGCCAGGUUGUGGGAGGUGGCGGGCUCUGGCAUUCGCGGCCUCAACUCCUAUGUGGGUCACACACGCUCUGUAAAGUCGGCGGCGUUUAAGCGCACGGAUCCCGCUGUCUUUGCCACCGGCGGCAGGGAUGGCGCUAUUCUUAUCUGGGACAUACGAGCCAACCUCAACAUGGACCUUACAUCGCGGGUGGACAACUGCAUCUACAGCGGACACACGGGUGGCCCGGGAACGCCAGUCUCUCAGCGAAAACAGCGCACGCGGACACCCAAAAUGGCAUCGAGUACCACGUCGAGCAGCAUUACGGGCCUGGCCUUCCAGGACAAUGACACGCUGAUCUCUUGUGGAGCCGGCGAUGGAGUGAUUAAAGUGUGGGACCUGCGACGAAACUAUACUGCCUACAAGAAGGAGCCGCUGCCCAGGCACAAGCUGCCCUAUGCAGGCCACUCCACCUUCCGCGGUUUCACCAAUCUGAUUGUGGACGCCGCCGGCUCCCGGCUGUAUGCCAAUUGCAUGGACAACACUAUAUACUGCUACAAUCUGGCUUCCUAUUCGCCCCGCCCGCUGGCCUGCUACAAGGGCCUCCUGAACUCCACGUUCUAUAUCAAAUCCUGCCUGAGUCCGGAUGGGAAAUAUCUGCUGAGUGGUAGCAGCGACGAGCGAGCGUAUAUCUGGAAUCUGGACCAUGCAGAGGAGCCGCUGGUGGCCCUGGCUGGGCAUACGGUGGAGGUGACCUGCGUGGCCUGGGGCUCCAGUCACGAUUGCCCCAUUGUGACUUGCAGCGAUGAUGCCCGGCACAAGAUCUGGCGAAUUGGACCGGAUCUAGACGGGCUGAGUGAAGCAGAGCGUGCGGAACAGUAUCGAGGAACUGCCUCCUAUGUGAGGGAGUUUGGCAAGAAGACUUCCACGGCUCCAUCUGUGGGGAAUCACAAGUACAAUCUGCGUGAGCUGGAGUCUACGCCGAGGUCACUGAAGCGACUGAUGGACCAGAACGAAAGGACUCCCGGCUCAAUGGAGAAGGUUACCACCAAACGCUCUUUUCUGGAAAUGCUGGGAGUGGCUAAUGGCGAGGCAGAGGCCACCGAGCAGCCCCAGAAGCGAGCAAAACCUUUGGAAUCCCGUGGCAGACGCCUAUUUGGACCCUCUAGCCAGGAGAGCACCUGCCGGCACAUAACGCUGGCAGCCAUCAACGAAGAGGAGGCCUCGCCCAGCAAGCGGCAAAAGGAGAAUUCAGCGGCCGACGAAGUCUCUCCUCUGCCAAAGCUGCUCAGUACGCCCAAUCACUCGCCAUUGAGUGAGAAUGUGAAUCAUGUGUACACCUCCCCGCCCACAACUUCGGCGGCGGCGGCAGCAGCAGCAGCUGCUGCGGAGUCUGCCAAUCCAACGCCGCUCUCUGCCGUCAUCUAUUCGCCCACCUCCAACCUGCCCAACUAUGUGAUUGACGGCGAGGCGCCGCAUCUGGGCAUCAUGUCGCCCAAGCGCAAGGCCAAGGAGAAGGUGGACUGGCUGACGAACAUCCGCAAGCAGAAGCUUAUGAAUGGCCGGGCCCAUGUGACGCUCAGUGAUAAGAUGAACGAGGAUCAGCAGCAGGCCGAUGUGCUGGCCUCUCCGCGUCUCCAGAGUCUCCGGCAAUCUGAGUGUAGUCCUCGGUUGCAGGCCACUCCCCGCAGGCGCAUCUCUCAUACAGAUGGAGGCGGUGGUGGCGGCGGAGGCACACCCUCAGGGGGUUCCUCAUCCCACAGCCAUACCCCAACCCAGCCCAGGACGCCCACCUCGAGUAGAAGAAACAGCGAAACUACGCUGUUGCGUUUCUUUAGCAUUCAAAGGAGCAGCAGUGUACCGGCGGAGGAGGGUAUAGCCACUGCUGCUCCCUCCUCCCCCCUUCCAACGGCGGUAGCUGCUCCCGCGACCACGUCCCUAAGCAUGCGUACGCCCACCACGACGGCGGUGGGCGGUGGAGGUGGCGAUUGACGCGGAGCAGCGAGCUUCAUUUCAUACCAUAAUUGCACUUGUAGUUUUAAGCGGACAUUGUUUAAGUUAUUUUUUAUUGUAGAUCCUAAGGUUGCAUCUUUCGCGGGCCGGGUUUGGUAACCAACUCCCCCGUCCCCCUUUUGUACAAAAGACUAAAGUACCCCAAAUAAAAAGUAAAUCAAUUUUUAA